AUGAUCUUCGUCCAACCCUCCCCCUACGGCACAGACAACUCUCUGGUCCUCUCCGCCCUCUCCGCCGUCGGCCCCACACACUCCCGCGGCGUGGCCGUCAUCGACCCCCACGACCCCAAAUGGCCUACCCCCCAAGGCCAAGCCGAGCUGCAGCGCUGGCACGACGCCGGCGUGCGCGCCGUGCGCGUCAACCUCGUCUCCGUGGGGCGCGACAUCGCCUCCGCGGACGAGCUGUCCGCCGAGCUGCAGGCCUACGCCGAGCUGCUGAGGCCCCUGGGUUGGGCGCUGCAACUGUACGCGCCGCUGCGGCUGUGCGAGGCGCUGGAGCGGGUGGCGCCGACGCUGGGCGGCGUGAGGCUCGUUAUCGAUCAUAUGGGCAGUCCGUCGUUGCCCGCCUUCCCCGGGGCCGACAUCGACGCCGACGCCGACGCCGACGCCGACGCCGACGCCGACACGAGCCCCAUCGCUGGCGGGGAAGUCGACCCGGCCUGCCUCCCGGGCUUCGCCAGCCUGCUGCGCCUGCUGGAGGCGGGCGACACCUGGGUCAAGAUCUCCGGCUGGUACCGCCUCAGCCGGGAUCCGAAGCCCGAGCGGAUGCGCGACUUGGGCGGGCUGGCGCGCGCGUUGUUGGCGGCGCGGGGCGGCACGCGCUGUGUCUGGGCCAGCGACUGGCCGCACACGCGCUUCGAGGGGAUUGAUGUUGGGCCUUUUGUGGAUCAGUGCUGGAGGUGGUGCGAUGAAUUGGGUGACGGGUAUGCGCAGAGGCUGUUUGUGGAGAAUGCGGAUGAGUUGUGGGCGGGCCGGAAGGGGGCGAGGUCGUGA